AUGAGAAGGAAGACCCUAGAAGGAAGAAAUCGAAAAGGAAGACCCCGUGAAGGAAGACCCGAGAAGGAAGACCCCGUGAAGGAAGACCCUCGAGAAGAAAGACCCCGAAGACCCGUGAAGGAAGACCCUGAGAAGGAAGUCCCUGUGAAGGAAGAAAUCGAGAAGGAAGACCCCGUGAAGGGAAGACUCCUGAGAAGGAAGAUCCUGAGAAGGAAGACCCGUGAAGGAAGACUCGUGAAGGAAGACCCCGUGAAGGAAGACCCCGAGAAGGAAGCCCUCGUGAAGGAAGAACUUGAGAAGGAAGACCCUCGUGAAGGAAGAAAUCGAGAAGGGAAGACCCCUGAGAAGGAAGACCCUGAGGAAGAUCCUGUGAAGGAAGACCCGAAGAACGAGAAGGAAGACCCUGAGAAGGAAGACCCUGAGAAGGAAGACCCGGAGAAGGAAGAAAUCGAAAAGGAAGACCCUGAGAAGGAAGACCUCGAGAAGGAAGACCCUGAGAAGGAAGAAAUCGAAAAGGAAGACCCUGAGAAGGAAGACCCUGAGAAGGAAGACUCAUUCCAAAAGAAGGAAGAAAUCGAGAAGGAAGACCCUGAGAAGAAAGACUCGUGAAGGAAGACCCCAGAAGGAAGAAAUCGAGAAGGAAGACCCGGUGAAGGAAGAUCCUGUGAAGGAAGACCCCGAGAAGGAAGACCCUGUAAGGAAGACCCUGAAGGAAGACCCGAGAAGGAAGACCCCGUGAAGGAAGAAAUCGAGAAGGAAGACCCCGAGAAGGAAGACCCGGAGAAGAAAGACCCUGAGAAGGAAGAAAUCGAAAAGGAAGACCCCGAAGAUCCCGAGAAGAAUGACCCUGAGAAGGAAGAAAUCGAAAAGGAGACCCUGGAAGGAAGCCCGGUGAAGGAAGACCCUGAGAAGAAAGACCCCGAGAAGAAAGACCCCGUGACGGAAGACCCUGAGAAGGAAGAUCCCGAGAAGAAAGACCACGAGAAGGAAGACCUCGUGAAGGAAGAUCCCGAGAAGGAAGGCCCCCGAAGGAAGACCCCGAGAAGGAAGACCCCGUGA